GCAUUGACCUUUACCGGAAGUCGUUGUUGUUGACUGACAGAAAUGGCGUAGUGUUUUUCUCUCUGUUGGUGAAGAAAUAUCGGACAAUAGCUGUUCUCAUGUGACGAAAUUGUUGAUAACUGCAACAGAGGACACCUCGUUUAUGUUCUGCUAUUCCCACGUAUCAAAAUGUCAGAAGAUUCUAGCGUAGCGCCAGGAGCAGAUGUGCGAAUAUGUAGGCGAAUUGACAGACCCGUGACUCCAGAACUUGUGCAUCAAGUGCAGGCACUGCCUCCUCAACUAAGUGUAGAGACUGAUAGCUCAAGCUCCCGUUCUUCCACACCCGGGGAAGAUAGUUCACAAGCAUCUUUGCCAAGGCCUGUGCGGUCAAGGAUCAUGCCCGAAUCAUCUGAGAGAGACAUCGAACUGUCGACAGCUCGUCCAGUAAAGGCCGAAACGUUUUGUGAUUGUUUGCGGUUAGGAAAGGAAAAGGAUUGCCGAUGUGGAGAGGACGAUCGCUAUUUUGAAUGGAACUGGGACGAUGACUCCAAGUCCUCGGCCACGAUUCUCCGUGCCGACAAGAGGGAGGUGGUGUUCCACACGGACUACAGCUGUGGUACAGCAGCAGUUCGAGGGUCACAGUCUAUGAAAGAUGAACAGUAUUUCUGGGAGGUCAAGAUGACAACACCAGUCUAUGGAACAGACAUGAUGGUGGGUGUCGGGACGCAGCACACGGACCUGGACAAGUACAAACAUAUAUUCUGCAGUCUGAUUGGUCGGGACGGUGAGAGCUGGGGUCUCUCGUACUGCGGCAGCUUACAUCACAAGAGUCUGAAGAAAGCCUACGCAUCUAAGUUUGGCCAGGGGUCCAUCAUUGGCGUGCAUCUCGAUAUGUGGCAUGGGAUGUUGUCUUUCUACAAGAACAGAAAACCUUUAGGAGUGGCAUUUAGAGGGCUUCAAGGAAAAACACUGUUUCCGAUGGUAUCGUCUACAGCUGCCCGUAGUGGCAUGAAAGUCGUCACAUGUCGCUCAUUCCGGACAUCGCUCCAGUUCAUGUGUUGCCAGGUGUUGAGGAGACUGAUCCCAAACCAUCUGAACGUCCUGGAGGCACUCACCCUUCCUCCCGGGCUCUGUGCGUUCCUGGAGAACAAUAUGGGCUGGUUGUUACAGUCCUGUUUUGGUCCUCAGUGUGGUCCCAAGGGAGGACAGAAACGGUCCCGGGACGAUAUGGAGAAUGAUUCCGAGAAGGAAGCUAGUCCGCCUGGAGUCAAACGGGCCCGAGUGGAAGCCACUCAGUCCUGACAACAGCCGUCUGCAUGGAAAACUUGGGCAGCAUUUUUGACUGAUGUCUUUACAAAUGUUGUUAAUCCUGUAUUAAGAUGGCUGUUGUCUUAUUCCAGGCUGCAUUUUGAGUGAUUGAUAGUCAGAUGGGAACAGAAUCUUUCUGUAACAGGGAUUUAUCGAGGAUUACUAACAAAGUGCCCUUGUCUGGCAAAUUGGGAAAAAUUGUUAUUUUGUAGUCCAUUGUUUGCCAUGUUCCACAUCAGCUUGUAAUCUGUUGUAUAUCUGUACCAGGGAUUUAUCUAGGAAACCAAACUAAGUGCCCUUGUCAGGCAAAUUUGAAAAAAAACAUUAUUUUGUUCAAA